UUGUAAAGUUGAUUCGGAAAUCAACGAGCAUUGAUUGCUUUGGACAUACAUCGGUAAUGCAAAGAAUUCUCAUGGAAAUGGAUCACCCAGAAAUGAUUUCUACCAUUUUAGAUAAAGAAGAGUACCGAGAAUAUCGGAUGAAUGAGUCACUUUUGGGAAGUUUUCUUCCAGUGUGUGGCACUUAUGUUCAUGAGAAGUGGCAUCACAUGUUGGACAACACGACAUUUACGUUCGAUGAUGGGGAAUAUGUGGCACUACACCUACAUGAUGAGGAAGCACUAGAUUCCGAAGAAAGUGACAUAUUUAUAUUUGCAAUGAUUAUGGAGGUGAAAGGUUGUGAUAUAGAGGGAGAGCUAACACAUGAACUGACCAAGUACGAAGUAUAUGUUGGAGAGGACAGAUGCCUUAUCAAAUAUGCCUACGAGAUUUACAAAAUUCUUCGCCAAAAAACAAGCUCUAAAGAACUUGUCAAUGCAGUUGAAAUUGCCAGCGAUAUGCCAGCUAAGACAAUACCUCUUCAAGUGAUUUUCAAAGAAGUCAGAAGAAAGCUGUUGGCCAUAUGGGCCUUACCAGAGAUGGAAAGAAAGUUGAUCUUUAAGAGAUAUCUAAGGCAAUGGCACCCAGACAAGAACAUUGGUAAUGAAGAACAAGCUACAGAAACGUUCAAGUAUAUCAAGUUUGUUUGGGACAGACUCACUAAUGGUGAUCCUGUAAAGGUUGACGAUGACGUGGACCCCGCGAAUUAUUCCCACCCUGGACCAUCCGCAAACCAACAUUUCUAUGAUAACAUCUAUCGGCAAUGUUCUAGAGAAAGAGAAUGGUAUCAAGCAUCAUCGGGGCGGAGUGGAGGGCGACAAAGAUCCCACUAUCGUGACAAUGAUCCCGUGUCUAACCCAAAGCAACAAAGGAAGUGGUUCAAGCAGGCAGAAUUGGAUCUUUGUGCAGCAGAACAUUUCAUGGAGUCAGCAGAAGAGGUGCAAGGGUAUAAUUGGAUAUGCUACAUGUGCCAUCAGGCAGUAGAGAAGUCGCUGAAGUCGAUGGUUUAUGGUAAAAAUGCCAAUAAUGUCACCAGAGGUCACGACAUUUGUCAGAUAGCAUCAUCUUUAAAGGAUGCUUCACUUAUUAGUACCGUUGGUGAAAUACAAGCCCUUCUUGGAAACCACACAUUCAUGCGAUAUCCGGAUGAACAUGCUGCUGGCAGGAUUCCCUCGACGUCCUUUACCAGACAUCAGGCAGAAUCAGCUCUCAUGAUAGCAAAGAGGAUCCUUGAGGAAGUGAACACGAAGAACUAAA